UCAAUUCUGCAAGUGGUUCUGGUUUACUAUCACUGAUCUCUAGCUGGUCUAAAACCGCUUUUGACCUAAAGGGACGCUUUUUGGACGCCAUGGACUUUUCUAAGUUUCCAGGCAGAAAGAACAGUCAAAAUGCAGGCAGGGCACAGGACAAAGCAGUAGGGACAAAAUGUAUGUGAAAUGGUUUGAAACAAAAAUGACAUUUUUUUUAAUUUUUAAAUUUGCCGCCGGUUCUGGCCCCGUACAUCCCGUACGUCCCGACGCUCUCAGGGACCGGAACACGGAAGCCGGAUGCCAGCAUUGGCCGGAGGAGAUGGCCGGGGACGCUGCAGGGGAUGCA